CAAUUCAUACUGCUCUCGGACUUACUACCGAAUAUAUAAAUUGUAAUUGUUGUAUGGACGAUGAAAGUAAUGACAAGGAUGAUGUCAAUUGGGAUUCUAGAGAGCAAAUUCUAUCAACACAUAAUGAUACAUCUAUUUUGUACAAAUUACAUUUACAAUGCGGUAAAUUGAUUAACGUUCGAGAUUGGCUGGAUUCUUUUGAAAAUGUAAUAGCUAAAGAAAAUUUAGAAAAUAGAAAGCUUAAUGAAAAGGAGGUUGUGUAA